AACAAAGAAACAGAAAGUUUUUCUGAUCACGAUUUCGAAUUGGUAAAGUUUUUGUGUUUGAAGAAGAAUGAAUUGUAAUUUAAAAUUUUGCGAGCUCAAUUUAGGGAUUUAAUCGUUCACAAUCAUGUGGUUUCCCUUCUGGAGAUCCAGAGAUCGAUUCUCCUUGGAAGAACUCAGAUAUUUAACUGAUCAGCUGCAGAAAGUUCAAAUUGUUAAUCAGGUUAACAAGGAUUUUGUUAUCGAGGCUUUGAGAUCAAUUGCGGAGUUGUUAACAUACGGGGACCAGCAUGACUCGGCUUUUUUCGAAUUUUUCAUGGAGAAGCAAGUCAUGGGGGAGUUUGUUCGUAUACUAAAAGUUAGCAGAACUGUGACUGUUUCACUUCAAUUAUUGCAGACAAUGAGCAUUAUGAUCCAGAAUUUAAAGAAUGAACAUGCUAUUUAUUACAUGUUUAGUAAUGAACAUAUCAAUUACUUAAUUACGUAUUCAUUUGACUUCCGCAAUGAAGAGCUGUUGUCAUACUACAUAUCUUUUUUAAGAGCAACAAGUGGAAAGCUAAACAAGAAUACAAUAUCUUUGCUUGUGAAGACUCAAAAUGAGGAAGUAGUUUCUUUUCCACUGUAUACUGAGGCAAUACGGUUUGCUUUCCAUGAAGAGAACAUGGUUCGCACUGCAGUACGUGCCCUAACACUUAAUGUAUAUCAUGUUGGAGAUGAAAGUGUCAACCGAUAUAUCACUAGUGCUCCACAUGCAGAUUAUUUUUCAAAUUUGAUUUCAUUUUUUGGGAAGCAGUGCAAUGGUUUAAAUAAAUUAGUCUCACAAAGUCUUAAAAACCCAUCCCCAGAUUCAACGUCUAUAAUUCUUGCUGCUGUGGAUGAAAUUGAGGACAAUCUUUACUAUUUUAGUGAUAUUAUUUCUGCUGGAAUCCCUGACGUUGGAAAGUUAAUAACAGAUCACAUGUUGCAACUUUUGAUACUUCCAUUGCUGCUCCCGUCUCUACGGAUAAAUGCUGUUGAUGAAAAUGGCAUUGGUGCUGUCACUUGCUUGUAUCUACUUUGUUGCAUCUUGCGCAUUGUUAAAAUCAAAGAUUUGUCAAACAUGAUUGCUGCUGCUCUUUUCUGCUCACCAGAAGCCUACAUUCAGAAUUUUGAAACUAAACAGAAUGGGUAUAUGCCUGGUCAUGAUUUUGUUGGUGAAAGGCAACAGCAAGAUAAUAAUUGUCAGACUGAAGUGGACACUGAAGAUGCUAUAAAGAAGAAUAACUUUAGUUGUUCUGAUUUGACUUUGAGGGAGGCUUUGCUUUCUUAUAUUACUAGUGGAGAUGAUGUACACGUGUUGGGUUCUCUGAGUGUGCUGGCAACAUUAUUGCAAACAAAAGAAUUGGAUGAAUCAAUGCUAGAUGCCCUUGGCAUUCUUCCUCAGCGGAAACAACACAAGAAACUCUUGCUAGUAAGUUGUAGUGAAGAUUAA